AGCACUAAGCAGAAGUAACGUCAGUUAUCUACGCAGGGGCGUUCAGACCCACCUGAGGAUCUCCGGCACAAUCCGCUCCACAUUUCCUCCUGACUGACACUAAAUCUACCUCGUUUGUAGCCUGAAGCCGUGUUUUAUACUCCUCAGAAGCUGUUUUUUUUGUUUCGGAACUCGUGUCGUGCGUUUACCAGGGUUUUUUUUAAGAAUAUUAUAAGUAUAUAUAAGUAUAUAAGUAAGUUAACUAGCAGGAAAGUUGCCUCGACUUUGAAUUAUAAUACAUUGCACUAAGUUACGUUGUUUUUUCUCCUUAACUAUUCGUUUUGCACUUGAGUAUAGCUCUAUUUUUGUACAGAAAAUAAAAAACAACAAAAUAAGGAUGCAUACCACCCAAAAGGACACGACCUACACCAAGAUAUUCGUCGGUGGGCUCCCCUAUCACACCACGGACUCCAGCCUGAGGAAAUAUUUUGAAGUGUUUGGGGAAAUCGAGGAGGCUGUGGUGAUUACAGACAGGCAGACUGGGAAGUCCAGGGGGUAUGGAUUUGUGACUAUGGCAGAUCGCUCUGCAGCAGACAGAGCUUGUAAGGACCCAAACCCCAUUAUCGAUGGCAGGAAAGCCAAUGUAAACCUGGCUUACCUGGGAGCCAAGCCACGAGUGAUGCAGCCAGGUUUCACGUUUGGCGUUCCCCAGAUUCAUCCAGCUUUCAUCCAAAGACCUUAUGGGAUUCCAGCUCACUACGUGUACCCGCAGGCCUUCGUGCAGCCCAGUGUGGUCAUCCCUCACGUGCAGCCGACCACUGCCUCCGCCACGGCCUCAUCACCCUACAUCGACUACACUGGAGCUGCAUAUGCACAGUAUGCAAGCGCAGCAGCCGCUGCAGCUGCGUAUGAGCAGUACCCCUAUGCAGCAUCUCCAGCAGCAACCGGAUACGUGGCCACCGCCGGCUAUGGCUAUGCCAUGCAGCAGCCUCUGGCAGCUGCUGCCGCCCCAGGCACUGCGGCCGCUGCUGCCGCAGCUUUCGGCCAGUACCAGCCCCAGCAGCUGCAAGCCGACCGGAUGCAAUAGCAACUACUGGCAUGGAGAGGAGGAGGAGGAGGAGACACCAGGGGAGCGAGCCAGCGCCCAGCGACUGCUCAUCAGCUGUGAAGGGGAUGUGGAUGAAGAUGAUUAUUUAUGAUGAUGAUGAUGGUGGUAAUGAUGAAGGGCGUAUCUAUCGCUGGAGGAGAGAAAAAAGGAGAUAAUAAGAGAGAGAGGAGAAUUGAUGAUUGCUGGAGAUGAUGAUUAUUAGUGAGGUGGGAACUCCAUUGCUUUCCAACUUGCUGUGAUUAACCAAAAAAAAUUAUAAUAAUUAUAACAAUGAAAAAAUGAGAAAAACAGAAAAAAAGAAAAUGUGGGAGAAAAAAAAAUCACAGAAAAGUGUAAAGGAGGGCGAUUUAACUUUUUACCAUUAUCAUCAGUAAUGUUACUGUUAUCUUUAUGAUUACUAGUGAAGUAGUUUAUUAUAAAUAUAUAUAUUUAUUGCUAAAGGAGAACGCAAUGACUAAUCACUGUGGAUUGAAGAUGUAGAAGAAGCCUUAAGUCCCAAUGCUGUCAUUAACGUAGGAGACCGUUCUUCAUUGUUGUCGAAGGACGUUAGGUGUCCCCCACAGUGUUUUGGAUCUGAAGCCCUGUAACUUAUACAUAUAUAUAUAUAUUUAUUAUCAUUUAUUUGAGGGCUCUUUUUGUUCUGUCUUCUCACGUGCAUUGCGAGUCGUUAACGUUGUUGUUUUUUUUCUGAUGAUCAGGGAAAUGGAGCAUUUUCCAGCGAAUUAGUAAAGACAAACUCUGCCAAUCAGGGAAUAGUAGAUGUAACUGUGGAGGAAUGGAGUAAAGGAAAGCGUAGUCGUAGCUUUGUUUCACGUGUUCAGAACUACCUUUGUUGUUGUUUUUUAAUCUUCCUGAUGCUGAAUGUUCCCCUUCUCUGACUCCUGACUCCUGUUUUGACCUCUUGACCUAUGCAAAGCAAACAAGCCACCAGGAGACAAAACAAACUGCAAGAAAAGCAGAGAUUUUCUGUCGACCCCUCUCUCUGAAGGACAACGAACAAUUUGAGGGCGCUCUGAAAGGACACAAUGAUGUUGUAUUAUUUGCCUGCAUGGACAAUACACACACACACACACACACACACACACAUACACUCACAGGUACAUACAUUUAAGUAUAUCUAUACACACAAUACUAUACUUAUUUCCUUAACACUGUUUAAGUGAGGGGAGGGGUAUAAACUCGUGUAUAUAUGCACACAGAAACAACUAUACAUACAUACUUGUAGAGAAUAAGAAACAGCUACAAACUCAGCUGGAGGCUGGGAGUUGGAGGCAGGGAGCAGCAGCUGCUGUUGUGUGGGGAGUUACAUACAAGCACACACACAUACACGCACACACACACACACACAAGCGGAUGGCUCUGGAAAGAACGCAUCACUUGUGCUCGUUUGUUGAGCUGUCACUUUUUAAUCCCUGGGCCCGUUUGGGAACAGGUCCUCUACAGCUCUGUCAGCAAUUCCACCUCUGUCCUAGAGAGGGGCUGGAGGCUUAAGCACAGGCCACCCACCCUCUAACACAUGCACACCCUCUCUAACACCCAUCCCGGCCUCCCGGUGUGUCCAACACCUCUCCCUUCUGCACAGCUCCUCUCUGGAAUGGGACACCAAAGCGCAACAAGGGAGAGAGAGAAAGAUAAUGGAGACACACACACACACACACACACACUUACUUAUAAUCACACACAUACACAUUAUCCCUGUACCUAUGGACUAUUAUCAGUCAACCAAUCCAUAUCAUUGAAAAUGAUCUCUGUUCUUUUUUUGUGUUCUUGUUGAAAAACCAAGCAAACACCUAUAUGUCUGCACACCAGCAUGUCUUUCCUAGUGAGAGACAAAUCCAUUCUCCAUUCUCUCCUUAAAAAAAAGAGCUAACCUUAACAUCUGUGUGUUAGUAAGCAGCACUAAAGCCGAGAGUUCGAACUCCAGUACGCGGGUUCUUUGUGUGCCUUACAGUUGUAAUGCUAUUUAAAGAGGAAAAAGAGAUCUACUAUUUAAGAUAUUUAUUUUGAGAGUUUGUAUGUUGCGCUCUGAGGACAGACUACUUGGAGGCGGUACUGUAUUAAUAUAAUGUAUUCAUUCAUCUCAUGGCAUAUUAUUAUUAUUAUAAGUUAUUUAAUAGAUUUAGUUGUAAUAUUAUUAACAUACUCAACCAAAAAAAAAAAAAGAAAUGUUGAUGUAGGACUUAUUUAAGAUACAAUUCUGUAUGUGCACUGUACAAUUCUAUUUUUUUCUAUAUGCCUUUUGAAUUUUAGAACAUUGCAUUAUCGGCUGCAGUAUCGGCUGGGUUUAAUGCCUAUUGUAAGAUGUUUAUUUAAAAUGCAGGCCUGUUUGCAGGCAGGUUCUUUUCUUUCGUCAUAUCUAGGACUGUCAAAGAUUUCGGAAAAAAAUACAAAAGCUACACAAAAAAAAAAAAAACGAACAAAAAAAUCUCCUGGCAGAAACUAAACAACAUGCUGCUUCAUACACUAGAAUGUAUAGUCCUUGUCAAGGUUGAAUAGCUGUGCUUCUACUGCUUUUAAUAUUCAUCAGAUGGGCUAUUUUACACUGUUGGGAAUUUUUAUACUUGAACUAUUUCUUACAAGGGAAAAUAUGAAAAUGAAUCACAAAAAAAAACUUUUUAAGGAAGAUUUUCAUUGUCACUGGAUUUGGGCAUGUAAGGUGUUAUAUUUACUAUUUAACGUAAAUCCAAAGGUCCUCUCGGUAAACCUUAUUUAAAUAUUAUUUCAGAUUUUCAACACUAUUUACUCUAAAUGGAAAUAAAAAGGUUCUAUAUUUCAACCUUAA